AUUCCCAAUACACUUUUUUCUUUCCACUUUCCUCCAUAAAACAACAUUUUCCUCUCAAUUUCCUUCACCUCCAAAUCUCCCCUCACCUCCUAAAUUUCCUUCACCUCCCUUCCUUUUCCUCCCUUCCUUCGGAAACAUAGUGAGUAACUUUGUUUCCAAAAGAAGGGAGGAAAAGGAGGGGAGGUGAAGGAAAAUUAGGAGGGGAUGGGAGAUUUGGAGGUGAGGAAAUUGGGAGGAAAAUGUUGUAAAGACUAAAUAGAUGAAAAUGAACAAAAAUAAUCAAACUCAUUUACCAAUGGUUUGUAGUUUGUGUGGUCCCGAGAAGUCAAGGCGUGAAGAUUUAAGACCCGGCAGAGUUAUGGUACUCUUCUCUGAUCUCUCCCCACUCUCCAGGCCCGUGAUAAACAAGGUGGGGACCAAAUAUGUUCCCAUAGACCACCUGCACUAUAAAUUUUUGACAGCCAAUUUAUACUACUUUUUCAAUCAAUCCCACUAUAUGCAGUAAUUCAGUAGUAUUUACUAUAAUGUCACCAAUUCACUGACACUUCUCUUUUUUGACAGUCCUCUUAGAUUUACUGAACGAAAAUGACAGUGAUUGAAAGUUAACUUUAAAGUAAAUUCUUAUAUUAAAAAAAACUUUAAAGUAAAUCACUUUAACCAUUGCUUUGCUCCCCCUUUGUCUCCCUUCGUCUUUGAAAAAUCCAGUCUCUUGAUUCUUUUAGGAGCUCAAUAUCUCGUGAGAAAUAAGAGGAAAGAGAUAAGAGAUAUGUGCAAAUGAAAAGUGUGGACAAAAAUAGUCUUCUAGGGCUUUGAUACCAAACAUAUCUUUCAUUCAUUAAUUACCCAAAUAUUUUUUUAUUCAUUAAUUACCUUAUUAAAAUUUACUGAUUUAAUAAUCUUUGUUUUAUUUUAUUUAGGCUGGUUAUUAUAUCAGUAAUUAAUUCGGUUUUAGAGAUAACUUCUAAUGUUUUUGUGGUUUCAAUACUCAUUUGCUCCUCUACAAUUUCUGAGGCAAAGUAAGUUAGUUCACGUGUGACUGUACGUGGGCACCGGGCCGUGCCGCCCACGGGCUAGCACGACACGAGCACGAAAUAAAUGGGCCAGCCCGGCAUGAGCACGAAUAACUUAUGGGUCGUGCCGGGCCUAAACUUCAUGGGCACAGGCACGAGCACGGGCACGGCACGGUAUAUAAGUGGGUCGUACUGGGCCUAAUAUUUUCGAGACUUUAUUGAGUAUAAGAACAGACAUGGUACGAAAAGAAUAUUUAUUUGAUAGAAAAUAAAUAUAAAAAGAAUUAUAUGUUCAAAUAUUAAAAAACACAAGUAGAAAAAUAAUUAUUUGUUGUUGUUAAAAGUGUCAUAAAGAUAUAUACGUAAUUACUAACAUAAGUAAAAAUGGACAAAGAAUUAAACAAAACCAAAUCAUACUCGCUAUACUUCCCAUUUUCUUUUCCCCCUUAUUUGUUACUUUUCUCAAACAUUAUCGGUUAAUACUAUGUUCCUCCGUCCAAUUUUCACCUUCCUUUUCAUUCUCUCUUUUGUUUUCGUCCUUUUCAUUAAACAUGAAUACGAGCAUGACACGAGCACGAAUAGGCACGACACGAUUAGAACCGUGCCUGGGCCGGGCGUAGCAAAGUUAACAAAUGGGCUUGCAUGGCACGGCACGAAAACUGACGGGCUGUGCCAAGCACGGCACGAAAUAAAUGGGCUCGAAGCGUGCCCGUGCCGGCCCAAGCACGACCCAGCGCCCAUGUACACGUGUGACUACACUGAUAUCAUUUAUUGAGAUGAGAUUUAUAGCAUCUAUUCCUUCAAUUAAUUUGUUUAUAUGAUAAGUAGUAGGCAUAUUUAUUUUAUAGAUACUAGUAUAUCUAUGUGUAUAUUUAUAGUUGUUAGAUUUUAUUUUCUAGAUUUGUUAUUGAAUGUUGCAAUUUCUCCAACUUAUUUAUUACUUGAUUAUUGCUUAUCUCUUCUUGUUCUAGAUUUUGUUCAAUUACUGGGAUAUGCCUAAUUCUCUCUGAUUGUGUUCUAAUCAUCCGUCUUUGGUCUUGGGUUAUCGAUGGUCGGCUAGGUUCUAUUUUAACGGUCUUUAGUGGUGCUUCUAAUUGGAAUAAGGGUUUAAAUAAAUCCUCUAUAGUGAUUAUUUCUUUAUUUUUGAAGGUUAAACUGUGGUGACUAUUUGUUAACGCAUAGUUUAUUUGAUAAGUUACUGAAAAUGGUUUGCUAUUUUCUUUCAUAAAUUUCUUUUUUAAAUAUUUUAUAAUGAUAGAAGAGUCAAGGUUACCAUCUGCCAGACUCAAUCCUUGUUGUAGGUUAAUAUCAAAUUUAAUUAUUCCUACUCCUAAAUUUCCCGUUCCUUUGGCAAUAAUGCUUUCUUCUUCGUUAAUUAGUCUGUCAUUACGAAUUUCUAAUUCCAUGGGUGCGUCAAUUCUUAUUUUCAUGGUUGAUUUUAAUAUAAUUUGAAUUGUACUGAUAUGAAUAUAAGCUAUUUUAUUUCGUUCUUCUGAUCUUAGUUUAGCUAAUCUUUUUCUAAUAUGUUCUUUAUUUAUUACUUGGAUCAGAAAAUCGCCCUUAGUUUGAUCAAUAGGGACUGCUACUUCACCUAUCAUUUUACCGUAUUUAAUAAUGUUUUCUCUAUCAAAGAGUUUUGAUAAAAAAGACUUAGUGAUAAAGUUUUGAGUUUCCGAAAUAGUAAAAUUAGUUUUUUCUCUAAUUUUCUUAAUGUCUAUAACACCAUCUAAGAAGUAGUUUUCGUCAUCGUUUUUGUUAAAGUAAUCAAAAUAACUUGAGGUAGGAUUAUUAAACAUACCUGACUUAUUUUCCUGAGGAGACUCUGAGUUUUUUGUUGAUCGCUUGAUGAUUGUAGCUGGGCUCCGUAUGUUUGAUUAUAUUGAAAGUGGUUGUGGCCUCCAGGAUCAGUGGAUCCAAGCCUUACAACUAGCAAGCUAGAGGGAGAGAGUAAACAUGCAAUUUUUAUGGCCAAACUCAUUUUGCCUUAUUUCAUUGCAAACUCUUGCUCUUAUAUAGAGCUGAGAGGGAAUACAAAGACGUCAUUGCU